AUGUUGUUGAAGAAUUUAUCUUCCCUAACAUUAGGUGCUCUAUACGCUGCAUCUGGUGCCUUUGCAGACAGCUCGAGCAGCAGUAGUUCAUUGCCACCAAUUGAAGUUGCUGGUAACAAGUUCUUCUACUCCAAUAACGGUUCCCAAUUCUAUAUCCAAGGUAUUGCUUACCAAGCUGAUACUGUUAACGGUAGUGCAGGUGAUGAUAUUAACGACCCAUUGGCCGAUUACUCUACAUGCUCCAGAGAUAUCCCAUACUUGAAGAAAUUGAACACUAACGUUGUUCGUGUUUACGCUGUUAACACCACUCUAGAUCACAGUAAAUGUAUGGAAGCUCUAGCUGAAAACGAUAUCUAUGUGAUUGCUGAUUUGUCUAUUCCAGGUAAAUCUGUUGACAGAACCGACCCACAAUGGAAUGUCGAACUUUACGAACGUUACACUGGUGUUGUUGAUGCUUUUGCUAACUACACUAACGUUCUUGGUUUCUUUGCUGGUAACGAAGUUACUAACAACGCUUCCAACACUGAUGCUUCCGCCUUCGUUAAGGCUGCUGUUAGAGACGUCAAGAAGUACAUUAGUGACAAGGACUACAGAAAGAUUCCUGUCGGUUACUCAUCUAACGAUGAUGAAGACACCAGAGUUCCUAUGGCUGAUUAUUUCGCUUGCGGUGACAGCGAUGUUAAAGCUGAUUUCUACGGUAUUAACAUGUACGAAUGGUGUGGUGACUCUAACUUCCAAACUUCUGGUUACAAGGAUAGAACUGCUGAUUUCAAAAACUUGUCCAUCCCAAUUUUCUUCUCUGAAUACGGUUGUAACGCUGUGAAACCAAGAAAGUUCAGUGAAGUGCAAACAUUGUACGGUAGCAACAUGACUGACGUCUGGUCUGGUGGUAUUGUUUACAUGUACUUCGAAGAAGAUAACGGAUAUGGUUUGGUUUCAGUUGAAAACAACAAUGUCAAGACUUUGUCUGAUUUCGAAAACUUGUCUAGCCAAAUGGCCAAGAUAAAGCCAUCUGUUGCUAAGAACUCUUCUUACACUGCUCAGAGUACUUCUUUGUCCUGUCCAGCAUCUCAGAAAUACUGGAAGGCUAACACCAAAUUGCCACCAACUCCAAGCAAGGACUUGUGUGGUUGUAUGCACGAUUCUUUGUCCUGUGUGGUCAACACUGACAAGAUCGAUGAAGAUAAAUACGGUGACUUGUUCGGUUACGUUUGCUCUCAAGUUGACUGUGAUGGUAUUACCGCUGAUGGUAAGAAUGGUUCUUACGGUACCUACUCCUUCUGUUCCGCUGAAGAACAAUUGUCAUUUGUUUUGAACUUGUACUACCAAAAGAACGGUAAGCAAAGUUCUGCCUGUGACUUCAAGGGUUCCGCUUCUUUGCAAAAGGCAACCACUCAAUCUGCUUGUUCAUCUGCUUUGAAGCAAAUUGGUUCUUCUGGUACUGGUAGCGCUUCUUCAAGUGUUUCUGUUUCUAGUUCUGGCUCUGGAUCUGGCUCAAACUCCAAGUCUAGCUCUAACGGCGACUCUUCUAGCUCCAGCAGCUCUAGCAAGGGCUCUAGCACCGCUGGCGCUAAGGAAAAGAACUUGGCUCUAGGUUCUAAGGCCUCUUUGUCCCAAGUGAUUCUAUCUUUUGUGGCCACUUUAGGUGUGGUCGCCGGUGCCGGUUUCGCCAUGGCUUAA